AUGAACAUAAUAAAAGUUGGUCGGACACAUUUACAGGAUGCUGUUCCAAUGACUGUAGGUCAGGAGCUGAGUGCUUUUGUCUCUCAACUGGAUUUCUGUAUUUCCUCCAUCAAAAAUCAUGUGGAUGCCGUUUGUAAGCUGGCUGUUGGUGGAACUGCCGUCGGAACGGGGAUCAAUUGCACUCCUGGAUUUGAUGUUGCUCUCUGCGAACAAAUCAACAGUAUGAUCAAAGAAAAAAAUUCAAAGGCUGGUUCAAACCACAUGCCGGUUCAGCUGAACUUUCAUCCUGCCGAAAACAAGUUUGCCGCUCUCUCCAGUCACGAUGCUCUUCUGCAACUGAGUGGCAGCUUUAACUGCGUGGCCACUGUUCUUCUCAAACUGGCAUCUGAUUUCGCCCUUCUUAGUUCCGGACCGAACUGUGGGUUAGGUGAAUUGGAACUGCCUCCGAAUGAACCCGGUUCCAGCAUCAUGCCAGGCAAGAUCAAUCCAACUCAGUGUGAGUCCAUGAAUAUGGUUGGCAUCCAGCUGAUGGGGAAUCACUUCACAGUAACGAUGGCUGCUUCCCAAGGUCAACUGCAGCUGAACGUCUACAAGCCUCUGAUUGCGCUUAACAUGCUGCAUUCUUGCCAACUGAUUGCUGAUUCAGCCCAAAGUUUCACGGAAAACUGUGUUCGAGGACUAAAGGUCAAUCAAGAUCAACUGCAACGGAAUGUACAACAUUCUCUAAUGCUGGUUACUGCAUUAGCCCCUCAAAUCGGAUAUGAUAAUGCAGCCAAAAUAGCAAACUAUGCUCGACAAAACAAAUUAUCUUUGCGCGAGGCUGCUGUUCAGUCAAAGCUAAUUAAUCCCGAGGAAUUUGAUCUUUUAGUUAAACCGGAAGAAAUGGCCUUUCCUUUGAAAAAGCAAGAAAAUGGACUCAAUGAUACAUUGAUUUUCCAGCAAACUUCGUAA